AUGAGUGAACCGAAUCUUGAUUCUAAUGACAUUGUACAAGAGAUUCCUAUUUUUUUAUCGCAACAACUUAGUAAUAAUUUAUACAUAGUCCAGCAUCCUGUGAGACCACAUAAUAAUCCUUACACUGGAAUCAAUGCUCCUUGUGAAGCACGGUUUAAACAGGAUUCUGUAAAAUUAGAAUUGGACAUUCCACUUCAAACAAAUUCAAAAUGGUAUGAUCAUGAAAGAGGAAAGGAUUUAGCAUUAGGGCUUAAUGAUAAAGAAGCAAAAACAAUAUAUGAUAGAACAUGGCGCCGAGAUCAAAGUGAAGGAUUAUUAGAUCGACAAACUUUACAAUCUACAAUUGUUCCUCAACAAGCCAAUUACUGGAUGGGGGUAGUUAAAGAUGGCAAUCUUCAUUUGACGCCUAUUCGUUCAACUUUUCAAUUACGUCCAGGAUUAAAAUAUUUAGAUAAAAUAGACGAGAAACAAAAAAAUGCUAAUAAAAAAGCUCAAGCUAUGGAGGAAGAAGAUACCAAUAAUGAAUUUGGAAGCAUUAACGGAGGAAACAAACAAUCAACUGAUGAAUUUAUUAUCGGAUCAAGCAAAACAAAAAUUACAGGAAAAGUUAAGGGGAAAAACACAGAAACAAAUACAGAAAAAUCAUCAAUAAAGAAAAAUGUUCGUACAAAUGCACAACGAUUUAACGAUGAAGAAAAAUGGAAAAAAAUGAAAUAUUAUGAUUAUGAUUCAUCUGAAACAUUAGAAGCAGUGUUUGUGUACAUUAGUACCAUAUGA